AAACCCCCCAAAAUCCGCCAUUCCUCUCCACCUCCAAAUCCACCACCCAGAGUUCCUUUCCCUUCACCUCCCAAUCUCUCUCUUCCAAUUUUCCUUGGCCCAAACUCCAUCAUGUCUAAGAACAUCACCCUUGUGUUCAUAGCCUUCCUCCUUUCUGCGUCUCUGACCCAAGUUGCCAGUCCUGUCUCUCUGGAUCCUAAGCAAAUCUCUCUUGAGGCUCUGGAACAGGAGAUACCUGAGAACGUGGAAGGAUGUGAGGGGCUUAGUGAUGAGGAAUGCUUGAUGAGAAGGACUCUUGUUGCCCAUACUGACUAUAUCUACACCCAGGGGAAGCACAACUAGGGGACUCUAGUUUUGGCUGCUCUGCCCUGUGGGUUUUGUUGCUAUAAUGAUGCUUGUCUUCUGUAAACCUCAGCUGGGAUCUUGUAAAUGUUAUCUACCAAAUAAUGGUAGAAUUUAUCUCAAUGGGCUUCUUUUGUUUGUGUGUUUGUCUGCUGUUAGAGUGUUCUCUUAUUGUUGUUUUGCCUUUAUGCAUCUUUGUUGUAAGUUCUUAUUCUGCUGGGUCUGUUUUUGUAAACUUUGACUGUAUUUUUUUCUUGGAGUCAAAAAGGGGGAGAGGUGGUUCAGUUCUGCAAUUCCUGCAAUCUAUCAGUUACUUUAGGAUUUU